CUGACCGCUGACGUCGGCUUUUACUCAUUUGUCCGACUGUCUGUGUAGUGUGUUUUUACUUACGUGUUAUUUUUUUCCUGAUCUGUGAGUGUUAUGUUUGUUGACUUUUAUAGCAUAUCUGCAAUAAAAUUUAACUUAAAAUGAAAAUUCAAUAUAUUUUGUUUCUUUUGUGGCAUUUUGCUAAAUGUGAUGAACACACACAUACUUAUAAGGAUAGUGAACAAGUGGUGCUUUGGAUGAACACUGUGGGCCCUUACCACAAUCGUCAAGAGACUUAUGCAUAUUUUUCUCUACCGUUCUGCGCUGGAACGAAGGUUACUAUUGGACACUACCAUGAGACGUUAUCUGAAGCGCUACAAGGUGUUGAAUUAGAAUUAAGUGGGUUAGAUAUCACUUUCAAAGAUAAUGUACCAGCACAGCAAUUCUGUGCCAUCGAACUCCACGAGCAGUCGUACAAAGCGCUAAUCUAUGCUGUCAAAAACCAUUAUUGGUACCAGAUGUACGUGGAUGAUCUGCCGAUAUGGGGGAUUGUAGGAGAAAUAGAUGGCGACAAUUACUACAUUUGGACACACAAAAAAUUCGACAUUGGUUAUAACGGCAACAGAAUUGUCGAAGUUAACCUUACAGCUGAAAACAAAGAACGCUUGAAGCCUAAUGCGAAAAUCCCCUUCACAUACGAAGUGAACUGGAAGAAAAGCAAUAUCAAAUUUGAAGACCGUUUUGAUAAAUAUUUGGAUCCUAAUUUCUUCCAGCACCGGAUUCACUGGUUUAGCAUAUUUAACAGUUUCAUGAUGGUUAUUUUCUUGGUGGGUCUUGUGUCAAUGAUACUUAUGAGAACACUUCGUAAGGACUAUGCAAGGUACUCGAAAGAUGAUGAUCUUGAUGACCUAGAAAAGGAUUUGGGUGAUGAGUAUGGCUGGAAGCAGGUCCAUGGGGAUGUUUUCCGACCUGUACCACAUUUGGCAUUAUUUUCUGCUCUCAUUGGGGUUGGCCAUCAGCUGACCGUUGUAACGUUAGCUGUUAUCAUUUUCACAAUAUUUGGUGAGCUGUAUACUGAGAGGGGAUCUUUGUUAUCAACAGCAAUUUUUAUCUAUGCUGCCACUUCUCCUGUAAAUGGCUAUUUUGGAGGUUCCCUGUAUGCUAGGAUGGGAGGUCGACUUUGGAUCAAGCAGAUGUUACUCUCUGCCUUCUUGUUACCAGUGCUGGUAUGUGGUACAGCCUUUUUCAUUAAUUUCAUAGCUAUGUAUUAUCAUGCAUCCAGAGCGAUUCCAUUUGGUAGCAUGAUAGCUGUGAUGUCCAUUUGCACAUUUGUGAUUUUACCCCUAACACUUGUUGGAACUGUCCUUGGACGCAACUUGGCCGGGCAACCUGAUUAUCCAUGUCGUAUUAAUGCUGUCCCUAGGCCAAUCCCAGAGAAGAAAUGGUUUAUGGAACCAUUUAUAAUAAUUAUCAUGGGAGGAGUUCUUCCAUUUGGUUCUAUAUUUAUUGAGAUGUACUUUAUCUUCACAUCAUUUUGGGCUUAUAAAAUCUAUUAUGUGUAUGGUUUCAUGCUGCUUGUGUUUUUAAUUCUUAUGAUUGUUACAGUGUGUGUUACAAUUGUUUGUACUUAUUUCUUGUUGAAUGCUGAGGACUAUCGUUGGCAGUGGACUAGCUUCCUCUCUGCAGGUAGCACUGCAAUUUAUGUGUACCUUUACUCCUUCUACUACUUCAUAUUUAAAACAAAAAUGUAUGGCUUGUUUCAAACCACUUUCUAUUUUGGCUACAUGGCAUUGUUCAGUUUAACUCUGGGAAUUAUUUGUGGCACUGUUGGAUACAUUGGUACCAGUUUAUUUGUGAGAAAGAUAUAUGCUACUGUGAAAAUUGAUUGAAUGUUGUAUCCUGUGUGAUUUUUUUUUCUUAAAUUGAUUAAUUGUAUGGUAACUUAAGCAAUAAAAAUUGCUAGGCUACAAGUGAUGUGAUUUAGUACUCUCCAGAUAAUAUCCAAAAAUGGCUAACACAUUCCUUGAAAAUUUGCAUAACUAAAAAUGUAUCUGUCUUUAUCUACUUAUAUUUUUAGACAUUUUUAGAUGAUACCAAAAUCUAUAUUAAAAAACAUUAAAAGGUCUCACACUCAAAUUAAAUAGCACAUUUAUACCACUGUGGGCCUAAACAGUAAUGUUUGUGAAUAUGGAUCUAAGCCAGCAAUAUAAUGGAGAUUAGUUUUUAACUAACUAAAAUAUAGGUUCUUUGGUCUAAGUUUUUGUUAACUAAUACUUCUUUGUUGACACAGUGUAUAAUAUAAAAGACUUAGUUAAUUAUAUUAUUCAAAGCAACUUCAUACAUCUAUAAUUUAUUAUGUUUAAUAGUAUCCACCUCUUUUGUUGUAUACAAAUAUUUUAUUAUUAAAUCAAAUAUGUACUAUGUAAAUAGAAACUAAAUUAUUGAUGAAAAACUAUCUUUUAUCUGCCACUUUGUAUGUGUGGAUUUGUUUUCUUGUGGUAAAGAGUAUGUAUGGAAAGUCAAUUCCUUAACUAUCUUGCAAAAAGUCAUGUUUUUCUUUGUUGCAUGAAAGAAAACCCAACAACACACUUUUGCAUUUAUAUCAUUAAUGGUACCUAUAAAUUUAAAAUUUUACCCCUUCGUCUUGAUACUAAUUAAGGUGUUUUUCUCUUCAUAUUUUGUUUUUCUAUGUAAUCUAUAAUAUUUUAAGUAAAAAAGUAAAUUUUAGUGUAUAAUAGGUAUAUGAUUACCUAGAAUGCAAUUAGUACUGCUAAAAAUCUAGACAUAAAAAUAUGCAAUGGCUCCUAGGCAGAUGUUAUAUUUAAUACCUAUAAGCAAUCACAGAAACGAUAACCGGUAAUAACUAGAUAUAAUUUUACCUAUGUAAUUGUAAAUAUUAACUAGAAAUUAGUAAUAGUUAUUACAUGUUUUUCACUCUUUCUAAAUGAGUUUAUUAUAAUAAUUGCUUUUUGUUGUUUUUAAAUUGAGUGAUAAGAUAAAGGAAUUAGUUGUAUAUGCCAUCCAGCAUAAAUCAAUGUAUCUGAAUAUUAUCAUCUUUGGAAUAAAAAGGUGACAUAACUAUUAA